GGAGCGGUGCGGAGCGGAGCGGGCGGCGGUGCGGGCUGCGGUACCACCAGCAGCGGCGGCUCUGCGGGGCCGUGCCGGUCUCGGCCACCCCCCGGACUCCCCUCCGGCUCUGCCCGUCCCUCCGCCUCCCUUCCCCCCCUCCCGUUUAUUUUUAUUUUUUUUUCGGUCCCCCCCUAUUUCUCUCAGCAACGUCACCCCCCGCCGCUCCUCCCCGCAGCAAGAUGGUGCAGAAGAAAUCAGAGAUCCCGGGUUUCCACCGCUCCUUCAAGGGACAAAACCCCUUUGACCUGGAGUUUGACCAGUCCAACCACCUGGAGCCUGUCUUCAACUUCGAGUGCCCACCCCGUCCUGACAUGCCUUCAAGUCAGCCCAUUGAUAUCCCUGAUGCCAAGAAAAGGAACAAGAAGAAGAAGCGCUGCAGAGCCACUGACAGCUUCUCUGGCAGGUUUGAAGAUGUUUACCAGCUGCAGGAGGAGGUUCUGGGAGAAGGGGCUCACGCCAGAGUCCAGUCCUGCAUUAACCUCAUCACCAACAAGGAGUAUGCUGUGAAGAUCAUUGAGAAGCGGCUGGGUCACAUCCGCAGCAGGGUGUUCCGGGAGGUGGAGAUGCUGUAUCAGUGCCAGGGACACAGGAACGUCCUGGAGCUGAUCGAGUUCUUUGAGGAGGAGGAGAGGUUUUACCUGGUGUUUGAGAAGAUGAGAGGAGGCUCCAUCCUCACCCACAUCCACCGGAGAAGACACUUCAACGAGCUGGAGGCCAGCAUGGUGGUGCAGGAUAUAGCCAGUGCCCUGCAUUUUUUGCACAACAAAGGAAUCGCUCACAGGGAUCUAAAACCAGAAAAUAUUCUGUGUGAGAGCAAUGAGCAGGUCUCCCCCGUGAAAAUCUGCGACUUUGAUCUGGGCAGUGGCAUCAAACUCAAUGGUGAUUGCUCUCCCAUCUCCACCCCGGAGCUGCUCACCCCGUGUGGCUCUGCUGAGUACAUGGCCCCGGAGGUGGUGGAAGCCUUCAACGAGGAGGCGUCCAUCUAUGACAAGCGCUGUGACCUGUGGAGCCUGGGUGUCAUCCUGUACAUUCUGCUCAGUGGGUACCCCCCUUUCGUGGGCCAUUGUGGCUCUGACUGUGGCUGGGACCGAGGCGAGGCAUGCCACACCUGCCAGAACAUGCUCUUCGAAAGCAUCCAGGAGGGGAAAUAUGAGUUCCCUGACAAGGACUGGGCACACAUCUCCUUUGGAGCCAAAGAUCUCAUUUCCAAGCUGCUGGUGAGAGAUGCCAAGAAGCGGCUCAGUGCUGCCCAGGUCCUGGAGCACCCCUGGGUGCAGGGGUGUGCCCCAGACAACACCCUGCCGACCCCCAUCAUCCUGCAGAGGAACAGCAGUGCCAAAGAGCUCACGUCCUUUGCUGCCGAGGCCAUUGCUGUCAACCGCCAGCUGACGCGGCACGACGAGGAUGAGGAGGAGGAGGCGGAGGAGGAAGCACGACCCAUCAUCAUCAAAGCUACCUCACGGGCCAUGCAGCUCUCCCCCCCCUCCGAGUCCAAGCUGGCUAAGCGGCGGCAGAAGAGCAGCCUGGCCAAAGCGGUGGCCGCCGGGCAGCAUCUGGUGGCCCCGCUGGUCCUGGUGGCCGACCAAGCCUGAGCUGUGCCCCUCCGACCUGCUGUACCCCAUGCCCCAUCUCCCCCUUUCUUUCUUCACACCACUUCCCCCCCACCCCUAAGUCCCCACCGUUUCUGGCUAGUGACAAGAUCAGGACUCCUCCCUGUGGCUGGUUUCCAAGGUUUUGCUGAUCUUGUAGGUCUGGGGGUGGGAGGGAUUGUUUAAGAUCUUUUUUUUUUUUUUUUAAGGUAUUAAAUCAAGCGUGAGGUUGCUUCACCCAGGGCACACUCAAGGACAUCUGACAGACACAUGGACUUUUGUUUCCUGACUCUUGGUUACUCCUUUGACAUUUUCUUUCCCCCCCCCUUCCCGACACCAAAGGACUCUUUGUAUCCGCGGCUGCUCUGACGAUCUCAGCUCAUUUCAUACUGUGAACAAAAGACCCUCGGUCGCGUUUCCAACAACGGGAGUUGGGUUUUAACCUCGUCCCUCCCCUCGGAGCUGCAGGUCUUUCUCUGGUCUUGGGGUAGAUCCCAUAAGAUCCCCUCCCAGGGGUCCGGGAGCCCCUCCGUCCCGUGCUCGGGGUUGUCCCCAGGGGGGACACGAUGGGGUCUUGUGCAGGGAACCGCUGAGGCUGAGGAGGGAUGGUGCCAGCGAGGGAGCAGUGCCCCAUCCCACCAAGCCACCCUCUCUCCUUGGCAGCCUGCUUCCAGAAUAAGCUAUUCGCCCCCCCCUUUUUUUUUCUUGGUUUGUUUUCUUUCUUUUUCCUUUUUUUUUUUUUUUUUUUUUUUUUUUUUAAUUAUUAUUAUUGUUGGUUUUAAAUUGCCAGCUGUGCUUCUCUACAGGGCAUGGAGAAAUGUCUUCCUUUCCUCCCACACUCCAGCCAGCAGCUCCCCAGGGGUAAGCUCAGAGCCGAGGGGAUGCACAGGCAUUUGGGGUUGUGCUCUUGCACUGGGCUGGGUGUUGCACCCCCUGUUUUUGGAGGGGGGGAGAGGGGAUCAUUGGCAGCUGUGCCCUUGUGGACAUGGAAGGUGGGAUGAAGGGGCUCCAGCCAAAAAAAUGCCUCUCUGUGACUAGUGGGGUGGUCUGGGGAAAGAGAACCCCUGGUGAAGAGCUGUGGGGUGGUGUGACCUGGUGUGGCUUUGGGCUGGCCCCAGGGCUGCUGUGGCAGGGAGGGGUCUGGGGGUGCAGAGUGUGCCCAGUGCCCAGGGGGUGCUGGUGGGCUUUGGGUUGGGCUGGCAGCAGCCCCCAAGGGCCAUGGUGUGCAGCAGUGGGCUGGGAUGUGGGGCCAGAGGGUUAGAGGUUGGGGUAGCAGUGCCUGAGCAGUGCAGGGUCUGUCAGGUGGCUGGGGAGAGCUGUGCAUGUCUGUUCACAUGUGUUCACGUGGCUCACUAUUCCUGUGUCUUCAUGCAUGUGUGUGCACAGGGUUGCCUUUUCCUCAGAGCUUGCUUUGGGGAAGAAAGGGAAUGGAGGUGUGGGUAGGACUUGGGAUGCUGCAGCAGGAUGAGGCCUUGGCUGGGGUCUAGGGCUGGAUCCAGGUGAGUGAGCUGGGGUCCAGCUCCUGCAAACCCCCCUGCACCAAGCUGGAGCAGCAAACCUCUGCUCCAUGCCACUGAGCUGUACCCACUGCCCUCCCUGCAUCUCACCAGAUAGAGGGGGAAAGGGUGUCCCCUUCAUUAGCCAUCUUCUUCCUCCCAACUCAAUGCUUUGAGCUUUGGAGUUGAAAAAAGCAGCCUCUGCCCAUCAUGUGCACAGGUGAAGGCUUUAGGAGCUUGCUUUGAGCUGGGGAAGAGACUUCCCCUGGUCUUCAGAUGAAGACAGUCACUGUCUCCAGAAGAGAAAGUUCUCCUUUUUAUUUUAAGACUGCUGACAGCAAUACUAUGCAAUAUAUGUUGUUUUUUUGUUUCAGGGAGGUGUGUGUGGGUUAUCUUGGGAGAUGGUGAUCUUGGGUGUUGAUGGAGUUUGGGGCAGGGAUUGUUUUCUCUUGCCCUUUGCAGCCCUUCUGCUGAGCAGCAUCAGUGGGGCAGGGAGGGCAGCUCCCCUUUCCCCUUCCCACCCCCCCAAAACCACCUCACCCUUGCAGUCUCCCCUACAAGCUCCUGGUCCCACCACCCCAACUGGGAGAUGGUGAGGGGACAGCCCCUACCACAGGCACUGGGACACCGUGGAGAGGCCUCCUCUAAAGGCAAAAGAAAAAGACACAAAUCCAUCUUGAUUGUACAUCGUUGCUUUUUAUAGCUUAUUUUAUCAGUUGUAGAUAAUUCCUUGUUGUCUUACAUUAAGAAAUACUUGAAUGAUGUGUACAGUACGCGAUGCCUUGAGCUGGUGUUGUGGAAGCUAUUGGUGAUGCUGCACGCUGCAGCCCUUUUUUUAAAAACAAAAAAAGAAUCAUGGGAAGGGGAGCGCUGGGGGAUGUCUUCAAUUUAUUAGUUUUUUUAAGUCCCCCGUGCUUUUGUUGGUGAGCAGAAUUUCCCUCCUUUCCCCUGUGUGAGACCCCUCUCUCUUCUAUCAGCAAACCCCCCUCUCCUGAUGGCUCCUGCAGUGUGGGGGGCUCAUCCCUGCUGAGCAUCCUCGGCUGGGGAUGCCCAGAGCUGCUGCAGGUGUUUGCAUCGGGGGGAUGGAGGUGCUGGGGAGCACGUCAGCUCCUUGUUAGUCGCUCUGCUCAGGCUUGGCUUUGGGGUUUGGUUUGGUUUGAGUGUGGACCCCAUGGGGGUACCCGGGCUGGUGAGCUCCUGGCAGCUCUGGUGUGCGGGGGCUGUGAGUUUAUGAAGGAUCUUGAAAUGCCUUUAGAGCUUGGGGAUUGAUUCCCAAACCCCUCUCGCCCUGACCAGCAGCAGUGUUGGGCACCUCUGGGGGCCUCUGCAGUGCUUGGGUGAUGCUUGGGGCUGGACAUCCCCUCCCAGGGUGGUUUCCAGACAGAUGCUCCCUGACCUGCAGUCCAGCACCAGCCAACCCCUCUCACCAAUGCCCUUCUUCUUCUUCUUCCUCUUCCAAAGCCUUUCCCCAGAGCAUCUGUCUCGGAAACCAACUUCAAAAAGAUUUUUUUUUUUUUUUCCUCUUUUAAAGGCUGGAAAUUUUAAGCGUUUUUGGCUUCCUUUUCUUCCCCCCCACCCUUCCUUUGGCCGACUAACUCGACUUAGAACUGGUUAGAAAUGUUUACUGUGAAGCUAACUUUUUUUUAAUCAAAACAGGAGAAACUUUCUCCACUUUACAAUUGAUGAAGACUGCCAAAGCUGGUUCGAUAAGUCACGUUAACGCACUGUUGGUUUGUACAAGGGCAGCCAAUGCUUGGGGGCUGGCUGGAAAAUAAAAAAAAGAAAAUGAAAAAAAAACAAACAAACAAACAAAAAAAAACCACAAAAAAAAAAGGAAAAAAGGAAAAAAAAGAAACCACAAAAACAAGCACUUUACUGUAUGUACCAGGUGAACUGAUACAGCUGAACUGAAGUUUUCCUUUAUAACAAUUGUUGAUGCCAGAAUUUUGUAUUCUGUUUUGUAAGAAUUUAAUAAAAAUGCAUUGAGACCUA